AUGAUUUUCGGAAGCGACAAAUUUCCCGCCCAGGAGGAUCUGGCGGGCAGUCGCCGUAGCGCGCGUGCGGUCGGAGGGUUCCCGGGGCUCGUCGCAUCCGAGGCUGCCGGGAUGGCUGGAGAUGGAUCCGCGAUGGUGGCGGGGCGCGCGCAGGCCGGACCCGAGGCGGGGAUCGACCGCCUCGCGAAGGAGAUCGAGGAUCUGCGCGACCAGAUUGCCGCGCACCACGAUCCCUCCAAGCCGAAGCAGAAGCCGCAGGAUUCCGCGCGUCAGCAAGGGGGAAGCUACCGCGGGAUUCAGAAGAAGAGCGAGAACGCGUGGAGCGCGUCCAUCUUCGUCACGUGCCUCGACAGGCAGUGGAUGCUGGGAACCUUUCCCACCGCCGAGCUCGCGGCACAGAUGUACGACGCCGCAGCGCACGUGGUCUUCGGAGACGACGCGUGCUACAACUUCCCCGACGCGCCCAACCGCGAUCCGCCCCUCGCAACGGACGUCGCGCGGGAGCAGCUGAACAGACGCCCGGGAAAGCGCACGACGUGCGCGGAAUGCGGGCAGGAGUGUCCCGUGAAGAACAAAAACUGCUUCGUGUGCAGGACCCCGCUGAAGGCGUUCAACGUGAUGAAGGGGGUGCAGCGCAGGCUACUCCCCGGCGCGACGCGCCCGAAGUUCAUGGCGGUCUUCUCCCUCGGGGGUAGGACGACGACGCUCGGGACGUACUGGACCGAGGAGGAGGCGGCGUAUCACUACGACCGGGAGGCUCGAACCGUUCACCGAGACUGCGACGACCCGGCGAAGCAGCGGUGCAACUACCCAUCCUUAGAGGCCGCCAAGGAGGCUGCGGACGCGGCGCUUCGGAAGCUGGAGGAGGAGAACGGCGGCCCGCUUCCGAAGAUUCACCCCAAGACGAAGAAGAACAAGAUCGUCAAGGGCGGCGUCGCGUGGAGGGUGGUGUCGAGCGGCGCGAAGCCCGAGGACGAAACGAAAAAGAAACGGAGGAGGGAUCACUCGAAGGCGAAGGCGUCCAAGUCGGGGGGAAAGAAAGGAGGGGCGAAGAAGCGCAAGAGAGCCGGGGACAGGGACGGGGACGGGAGGCUGCGACGCGGGGUCCGGGCCGCCAAGGACGCGGUGAAGAGCGGCGGUUUGGACCUCUCGGUGGCGUUUGCGAGGAAAAAAAUGGACGUCAAGUCGAUGCUCUUCGGUCACCUCCUCGACGUCGACGGGACGCCCAGUUUGGGGCAGACGCCGGCGUAGAGAAACGAGAGCGAGAACGGAGAAUGAGACGGGAUAUCGUAACAGCGGAUGAAACAUCACAGCACGUCUCAUUCGGGUCACACCGGGAGCGCCGCGGCUUCUUUCGUCGGCGGCUCGGCGUCGCCAGCCUCCCCGUCGGUCGCGCCGCCGCCGCCGCCGCCGCUGCCCGCCAUGAAUGACCCAAUCUUGCCCAACAUCCCCCCGGGCUCGCCUAUCCAGUUACCGUCAGCGUCGUACUCCGGCUCAAUAUCCUCGUCGUCCUCGUCGUCAACCACGACGACCGCCUCGGCUUCCAGCCCUAUCCUCGCCUCGCGCGCCUCCUCCAGCUCUUUCUGCUUCGCCAACACCUCCGGGUCCCUCGCCGCGCGUUCCUCGUUCGCCCUGUCCAUCAGCUCGCUGUUCAGCCCUAUGAGCUUCUCGACCACCUCUCCGUGCUGACGGAGGUUGACGCUGAGGACGUGGUUAGCCUCCAGGAGCUUAUCGCGCUCAGCCGUCAACGCCGCGAGCCUAUCAGCGCCAAACGUUUCACCCGGUGACGCAUCAUCGUCCACAGCUGUGUCGCGGGUUCGAUUCCCGCCGCCGCCGCCCGCCCCGGCGCCUGCCCCGGUCCCUCGCGAGACGUGCGCCGCCAUCUCAUCCCGCUCCCUCGUCACCGCCUGCAGCCGCUGCUGCAGGUCGCGGAGGUCCUGGGCCCUCCGUUGGGUCUCCUGCUGUUGGACCACGGCUUUGGUGCGUAGUUCCAGGAGCUCGCGCGUCGCGGCGGCUGCCGUCUCUGCCGCCGCCUCGGACCCGCGCGCGGAUUCCUCCAGCGACGCCGCGCGCGCCUCCGCGGCGACCCGCGCGGUGGUCUCCCUCGCCAACGCCGCCUCCGCGCUCGCUUUGCCCGCGUCCACCG